CCAACUACGCGGCGGCUGAACGCGGUGGCUCGACGGCCAAGCAGGAUAAGAAGGACUCGCUGGGCCGAAAACGUGAAUAAUUGCCGACGGCGGUGGUAACGGCUACAGUGUCCAUUGCAUUUCGCUGUGUGGGUGUUGUGACAAUGGCGUGACUUUUCGCCAUCGCCAGCUCCGUGUCCGUGUACGUGUGCGUACAUACUGCCAGGAAUCAAAGGAGCAACAGCAACAGCUCACUGCACCAACACAGGCUCAGAACAGGCACACACACAUACCUGUGCGGAGUAAGCCACCUUCGCUUUGGUGGGGCGAGUGAGGCAUGUUCGUGCCAGCACUUUGGUCCACUGAAAGCGAGUCCAAUUCAAAUGAGCCGUUCAUGCAGGUAUGAGCAAAACCAACAUCUCGACGCGAGCCAAGCCAAUCGAUAAAUUCAAAGGAAGCGAAGUGGUAACCUCUGACGUCCUCCAGAUAAGCGUUGCGAGAUUCUGCCAACAGAGAAGCAGUCAAUUAGGAACACUUCGAAUUCGACUCCAAAGUAAAUAACUGGAGGACCUACCCGGCAACAAAAUCAGAAACCAAUUUGAACCUAUUUAAGCAAGAGCGAGCUUAGGGAGGAGCCCAUUUCGACUUCGAUUCAACCCAUUGAUGUAGCACCAUGGGCGCCAAUACAUCGAGCAGAUCCGACGCGAGUCUGCUCGCCGAUGACGAUGUCAAUUUUGACCAUUUCCAAAUACUCCGCGCCAUUGGCAAGGGCAGUUUCGGAAAGGUGUGCAUUGUCCAAAAGCGGGAUAGCGGCAUCCUGUACGCGAUGAAAUAUGUUAGUCGCUCCGCUUGCGAAAUGCGCGGAGCUCUUGGUGGCGUCAUCAAGGAGGUGGAACUGCUAUCGUCGUUGGAGCACCCGUUUCUCGUCAAUUUAUGGUUCUCUUUUCAGGAUGAGGAGGAUUUGUUUAUGGUCUGCGACCUGUUGACUGGCGGGGACUUAAGAUAUCAUUUACAGAACCGAGUGGAAUUCUCCGAGCAGAGUGUGGCCUUAUUAGUGUGCGAGCUCGGCAGUGCAUUGGAGUACCUGCAGGCGCAUCGAGUGGUUCACAGGGACAUCAAGCCUGACAACAUUUUAUUGGAUGAUGCGGGACAUGCUCAUUUGACUGAUUUUAACAUUGCAACGCGUUUGCAAAAAAAUGCCUUGGCCUGCAGUAUGUCGGGGACCAAGCCCUACAUGGCACCCGAGGUGUUCCUGUGUGCCCUGGACGAAGUGGCUGGCUAUAGCUAUCCGGUAGACUGGUGGUCACUUGGCGUCGUCGCCUACGAAAUGCGGGGAAACAUCCGACCCUUCGUGGUGCACUCGAACACCCCUCUGGCGGAGAUGAAGAAUAUAUUGAACACGCCAGUGCACUAUCCCCGCUACUGGAGCAGCAACUUUGUCGAUCUGCUGCAGAAGUUACUCUCCACCUAUCCGGGUGCCAGGAUCAGUACAAGGCAGGAGCUGCAUCAAACGCCGAUGCUGCGCAACAUUGACUUCCAGAGGGUGCUCGAGAAGAAGAUCAAACCCAUCUAUAAACCUCCCGAAGACCACCUCAACUGUGAUCCCUGCCUAGAGCUGGAGGAAAUGAUUGUGGAAUCGCGGCCCUUGCAUAAAAAGAAGAAGCGCCUGGCCAAGCAGAGGUCAGCACAACGGGACAGCGAUCCAGAGACUGCGCUGGUCAAAGAGUUCAUCGUUUACAACCGCUACAAGGAGUUGAAGCGCAAAGCCAUGGAACAAAAGGAAAACGACUGGCAGCGCGAACUGGAACUGGCCAUGGCCAACUCCAUCGUGAACAGCUUGGCCCCCAUCCAAGAGAAGCCCGCCGCCGCCAUUGCGCACGACGGCGACUGUGCGAACGCAUCAUCUGCAGCCGCCCAGUUAAAGGGUGACAGUAUUGAGUUCAUUGAUCGCACUCCUUCACCGCAGAUUAAAGAAUCGGCUGGCAGCACGCUUGACAUGCCGCCGAGUCCGUUUCAAAAAUAAAACCUAGGACGCGGUUGAUAAGCAACAGGUUUCAAACUGCACAAGAACCAGACCCACUUGCGCAACGAUGACUUGUAAGCCAUCCAUCCAUAAAGACCAGAACCUAUUUUUCGAACUCCUCUGAACUUAAUUUUUGUACAUGCUCAUAUUAUAUACAGAACUAUGACAUUUUAUAUCUUUUAGGGUAUAUCUUUUAAAUCAAAUAGGUCUAAGCUACUUUGUACAUAUUGUUAGAUGUAAGUCCAAAAGCAAAAUAAACGGGUAAUUUCCGUUCAAGUUUA